CGAUGGGGGAUAGUACCAGGAUGCCGUGUUCUUCAAACAGACGCAGUUACAAACAUGUAUGGCGGGUAGUUCCACUAUCCGCCACGCCACAUCGGAACUGCCUCACAGCCCAAAAUCUUGAAACCGCACGAGCACUCUCCAGACUUUCGACACAGUGAGGUUGACUCGCCCACAGCCCGUAGGCGGUCACGAACCUCACAAUACCGUGAAUCAUUCACGUUUGGACGCACCGAGAACAAAAGUGGACGUCUGUUUUCCCACUUGCGCAGCUAUGGCGGGCGAGGGCAAAACCUUCAUCGUCGAGCACCUCGACCCGGAGCUGGGCCCCUGGUCAGAACUUGAGUAUGCCGCCAUCGCGAGCGAGACGCGCGACUCGAACGGACGUUUCAUCCUAUCAAGCCUGCCGCCCGCGUUCCGAGUUCCUGAGGCGCUGUCUGGGAACGCGGCUUUUACCGCCGAGCGGCGCGGCGUCGAGGAACUCUACGCCGCCAACAAGUCGCGAGUCUGCCUCCUGGACCCGGCUGCGGCCAAGGACCUUGCGCCAGAGGAUGGCGAGACUUUUGAUGCCUUCUUAUUUGGUGGGAUUUUGGGCGAUGACCCCCCGCGAGACCGAACUUCGGAGCUGAGGAAGAAGGGAUUCGAGGGUCGCAGGCUGGGCCCCAAGCAAAUGACCACAGACACAGCAGUGAGGGUGACGCGUAUGGUCGUGCAAGACGGGAUUCCACUUGACAAGGUACCACAUGUCGAUUUUCCCGAGCUCAAGUUCAACGAGCACGAGAGUACGGAAAUGCCGUUUCGCUACGUCGUGGACGAGAGCGGCAACCCAAUCAUGCCACAGGUCAGUCCCAGCGGCGUGCAGAUCGGCCUCGCCGCCGCUUGUGCUAACCGCUUGUUAGGGUAUGAUAGAGUUGAUACAAAAGGAUGCAGACAAGGCAGUAAACGACCUGUUCUAGCUCAUUGUUUCGAAUGCUGAUACGUACUAUCUGUCUUGGAUUUCCUGCUUCAGAUGUCGCCGAGUACGUGCUUAUGAAGCCGUUUUUGGGCCAACGGCAAAGUCAGGAAAGCAUUCUGAUAGCGCCACGAGCGCGCAUCGCCACGGUCAUGUAUCUCACUUAUUGCGUUCGUGUCCUGUUGCACCCAUGGCCAGAGCCUCUUAUGCUGGCUAGCUCCCGGAGUCGCCGCUUUCCAUGUCUGUCCUGCCGUCCAAACUCCCUCACGGUUUCGAAAAGAAUGCACUGGCGGUCUGCUGCAUUUACUACUGCAUAUAUCGACAGUGACAGUCUGCGCCUAACCGAUCACUUGGCGGGGAAUUUGCCAGCAUGGUGGCUGUCUCACGGCAUGCAACAUCACCAUGUGGCACUUGGACGCAACUAGGCAGGCUGCAAGUCUGACGCCUCGUGCGGCGCCUGUCGUACCGUGCCAAAUGUUCGAAUUCAUCCCAAAAUGUGUCGCGUACAGACACGCGCUGGUGUGCCGUUGUGACAUAGAGGGAGUAUGGAGCAUGCGUUGCGUGCGAGCCAUGCUGCAGGCUUCCGCUCGAAAUUCUCCGAUGCAGCCGUCCGCUCGGUC